AGGGACAUUCAAAUGACUACAAGUGUCAUUGCGCCUGUCGGUGUCAAAGUAUUCUUCCGUCUAGUUCAGUGACGCCAUUGUGAGCCGUAACGACUUUUGCCAGUGUUAAGUUAAAUCGCAGUUUUCUUACACAAUCUCGGUAAAUUGAAAUAAUAAAUUAAUCAAAAUGGCUGAUGAUAUGCCCACAUUCAAAUGCGUGCUGGUUGGCGACGGCGGCACUGGCAAAACAACAUUCGUCAAACGACAUUUGACUGGAGAGUUCGAGAAGCGAUACGUCGCAACGCUUGGAGUCGAAGUGCACCCUCUUGUUUUUCACACGAACCGCGGCCCUAUUAGAUUCAAUGUAUGGGAUACAGCCGGCCAAGAGAAGUUCGGAGGUCUUCGAGACGGCUACUAUAUUCAAGGACAAUGCGCCAUAAUUAUGUUCGACGUAACGUCUCGCGUCACUUACAAAAACGUCCCCAACUGGCACAGAGACUUGGUGCGCGUAUGUGAAGGCAUCCCCAUUGUUUUAUGUGGAAACAAAGUUGACAUUAAAGACAGGAAGGUCAAAGCGAAAACUAUUGUUUUCCACAGGAAAAAGAAUCUUCAGUAUUAUGACAUCUCAGCAAAGUCAAACUACAACUUCGAGAAGCCCUUCCUUUGGCUGGCGCGCAAACUGAUCGGUGACGGCAACCUAGAAUUUGUGGCUAUGCCUGCGCUCGUGCCCCCAGAAGUCACCAUGGACCCACAAUGGCAGAACCAGAUCGAAAAGGAUCUCAAAGAAGCUCAAGACACUGCCCUGCCGGAUGAAGAUGAAGAUUUGUAAAUAUCGAAGAUUGUUAAAUGAAAUGCCCUCUAAAUGAUGUGAUUGGAUGAAUAAACAGGACUGUUUCAAAGACAAUUUUGUCAUAAAAUUUUCAUUCCAUUAGUUUUCUGCUGAUUAUAAUUAUCUAAAUACACAGUGCUUUUAUUGUGUUAAUUGAAACAAAUUAACCAUCAUUAAUUGUACCAUAUGUAUUUUUCUUGUUUGUGAUCUUUAUUGUGACAGUAAACCACUCUAAAUCUUAAUGUAUAAGUUUCAAUAAGUACAUGCCAUAAGUAUGUUGCAGGCCGUUAACACAUGUGAAAUAUUUGAUAUCAUAAAUUAUUGUAUUGGUUAGGAGUAUCUUGGAGUGGUCAGGAUCCUUUACUAAUCUUGAAAUCUCAGAUGCUUUGUUUGCUCUGAGGAUUGACAAUAUUUCACUGUAAUUGUGGAGAAUUUUUGAGAAUAAACUUUUGAAAAGAAACAA